GAGACCAAAGAUUUGCGUUAAACAAUCAGAAAUCAAAUUCUCACCCAGUGAUGGCUUCAACAGAUCACGACGUACGGCAGUUUGAAAGCGACGGCAGAGAUAAGCCAGCAACAGCGAACUCCAAUUAUGAUAAUGAGAGGAGCACAGCUGAGAUAAAACGAAAACCCUCUGCAAUGACUAGACGAAUGAGUUUCUCUAGACCUUGGUCGUCCUACGCAAAAAAUUACUCUUCCUGUUUGUCUGGUCUUAGAAGAAACUCCAGUGAACAGUUAUAUCGAAGACAAGGAAGCCUUCAGUCGUCCCCUACUACGAGUUGUAAUGAUCUCUCCAACUCAUUGGAUAGCGGGCAGCUAAGAAAAUUAAAGACAGCAACUCAUGAUUCGGAGGUUGAACCAAAAACGUUCAAAAUUUCAGCUAUGCACGCUAGGCCGUUUCAUCAGCGAAGGUGGUCGAGUCCAGUAGCUUUCUCCGUAGCCAAGCUUGCUUCAUCUCAUCAGAAAGCCUCAAAACAUUUUGAUGAAGAGAAUGGAUCAGGAGGUGUUGAGCAAGAUUGCAGUAAAGAUAAGAAUGAAGAUAAGAUAUGUGAGACUGACGAAUAUAUAAUACGGUCUCAAAAGCAAGACAAAACACCUGACUCUUCAACGCCGCAUUGUAAAGGAGGCAAGAUGGAAAGCGAAGUAAUUGAGAAAACGUCGAAUGAUUCGCCCGCACUUAGUUGUGGUAGAGCAGUGUUCUCGGACCAAAACUUAAUGGAAAACCGCCAGAAAGAGGUGAAUAGAGAAGCUGGAAAAGUAGAGUCAACCAAUAUGGAUAAAAGUCAACCGUUGACAGAUGAAACAAAGUCAGAAUCGUUAUCUAUAUCAUCCGUUGCUAAGGAAGAAGAGCCUACUCAGAGUCGAAACAUCUACACGGAAAUAAAAAGGAAUACAAAAUGGUCGAAAAGCAAACGUUUCAGACGAAGACAUCAUACAAUUCACACAGAUUCUCGCAGGUUUCUAAACCCGACGUUAUUUACAAUUGCAGAACAGUCCAGUGGAUCAUUUGGCAGCGUAAUUCGAAAUGACACGUGUAGUGAUCAGGUUGUAACAGGAAAAUUAACGAGUAGACGGAGCAAGAGUUUAGGUGAUCUAAACACAUUGUCUGAUGAUAUGAAAACUAAUGGUGUGAGUGUUCAACAACUUUGUGCCAAGUCAAUUUCUGUUAGUGUGACGAGCAACAACAUCAAGAAGAGCAAAGAGCCCGGCCCGCCAUUACGAAACACUACAGUCGUGUAUAAAGGAGAAGAAAAGUCGACUUCCAACAGGCAAAUAUCAUGUCCUGUUCAAGUGAAUAUUCAGCAAUUCAACCAAAUUCAAAUAUCACCUGGUAUAGAACGAAAACAUAAGCCACAAGCCAGCAAAAUUCAGUCAUAUUACCCUACACAACAACAUGCAAUUUUUACACAACCCAAAGCUAAAUGGACCAGUAUUACAAUAUCCCAAGUUUAGGAAAGUAAUUAAGAAAUAUUUUAACUAAUCUUUAAUUGGCACUUUAAUUGACGCAAUUAACUUUUUUCUAUAAUUUAUUUUUUGCCGUUUGCAAACCUAUAUAUUGUUGCUAUAGGAAUAUUCAAGCAAUACACGGAGAUUAAUAUUCAUUCAAGCAUUUUAAGCGUCGUUCUACAUUGGACAAUGAUAAUAUUAUCAAUAGCUGAAUAGCAUUAUAGCACAUUAAGUAUUUUGUUUCUAGGCAGCAUUACUCUUUUUAUUGUAAAUGUAGGCAAAGGUUAAGAAGGAUAGAGGCUUUUGUUAAAUUUAGGAGGAGUCGAGAACCAUAAUUAUAUAGCAUAGAAUUUAAUGCAAUGCACACAUACGUAUGAUAAAAAAGCACAGAGUAAAACAUACGUGUAAUAAAAAACACGGAGCGACGGGAGCGUUGCAGUAAUGCUUAAGACGAUAAACAAUUGUACACUGAAAUGAAGUUUGUCAAGGUUUCCACUGCGUAUAUGUUUUACAGCUGCAAUUGUUUACAAUCAAAGGUUUUGGUGUUGUUCCCUAGCCUAACUCAUUUGGCUUUCCAAGUUCAUUAAAAU